AUGAAGGCGGUACCUCCACCCUCGUUGGCCGCGUUGCGGGAGCACAUCGACUCCCUGCCGUUUGACGUGCUGCUCCGGCGCAUCCACUCCAGCUCGCAGCGGAACCCCGCGCGAUCGCUGGAGGCCCACUUCAUUGGCGUCCGUUUCUGUCAGGCGCACGGCAAGCGCCAGCAGCAGGCGGAGCCUUCGCGCACAUGCGGAGAAACUCUCGCGCCGGCAUUACUCGGAACCGCAGAGAGCGUCGUUGCAGCCUCAUCGUCGCAGCUGCGGGAGCUUUUGAGCGAACGCCUUCUUCAAGAUGUCAGACAGCCUCGGGCACGGCUGCAGCUGAACCUUGGCGAUCUUAGUUUGAUUCUCGCCAAUGCAGUGCGGCACAAGUUCUCCUUUCAGCUCACCCAUGCGACGCUGCGGCUCCUCACCGACGCGCUAAACGGUGCGAAGGGCAAAGAUACUGCGUCCCAACAGAUUGAGGCCCUUUCGCGUGUGAUGGAGGCCUGCUGCGGGGAACUUGGCGGGUGUGCUCUCUUGACGUGGGACGAUUUAGCCAGCCUGGUGGCCAUGGUGGAGCAGCGAUGGUCACUCUUCACCAAAUCCGAUUCCCUGUGCUGCCUACUGAUUCAGUUUUUCACCACCAUAAUCGCAGUGGAACUCCCGGCAGAAGCGCCUGCGCCGGGUCUAUUUAAAGCUGAUCCCAUACUCCUGAAGAACCGAUGCCUGCAACUUGUUCGUGACCUGACGGAUGUUUUGGUUGGCGCGUUGAACACUGGAGCCCCGCUCGCGUGGAGCUUCACAGAGCUGCAAGGAAUGUGUGCGGCGGUGCAGCGGCUGAGUCACUACGAAACCGCCCGAGGCUCCUCGCGGGUAAGUUCUUCGGAGCGCGUGCGUUUUUGGAAGCGUGCUGCAGUGCCGGGCCCUGCCGAAAUCGCGGAUUCCGCACCACCUGCCCACAAGCAAAUGAGCCGCCUGGUGACAACGCAGGUCCUCUCCCACAGCCGGUUGGCAAGCGACGUGCAGGCUAUGACGCUGGAGCAGGUUGCCGGAGUCUUUUCCUCCGUUUCAAGCGCUUGUGGCGCUGAGGCGAUUCUUCGAUUUGCCGUUCCCGUCCAGAAGGUUCUGAGGCGAGCCGUUACCGCGGAUGCUGCGAGUAUGCGGCAGGUUAUUUGCAUCGCUGAAGCGAGCCUGCAUGUGGAAGGGGCGUCGUUGCUGUUUGUGGAGGCGAUUCGCUCCAUUCGUCGCUUUGCGUUUGUGCUAACAUCGGGUGCGGCGUGGGAUUUGCUCUCCAGCGUUUGUGUGUUGCUGGAGAGUGCACCGCUGAGCUUGCGGGCGGCAGUGGUGGAGUGCCUGGGCGCGCUGCAGAACUCAUUGGAGAAGUCGCAGCGUCUUCCCUCGUCCGUUGCGCCGGAGUUCGCGUCGUUUCGCAUCGCGGCCGUCAUGCUGGGAGCCCUCCUCGUGCAACGGGGCGUGCCAACGACCCCGCGAAUGGAGGACAUUUUGCACGGCGUGGUGGAGGCGGCGCCUCUGCUACAUGACAGCGGCGAGCGUGGCGCCUCGGUGCUCGCACGCUGCUGCUUCAUGCUGGCCUACGGCCGGCCUCCUGCAAACGCGGAGAGGCGGGCGCGGGCGCUUCGAAUGGCAGUGGCGGAAGCCUCGCAGCUGUUGGGCGAGGGUGUCGGGGGCCACUCUCCGCGGCUGACGAGCGCGGAACGCAGCAUGCUACGCAACUCCUUCAAGCAGUUCCAUGAAAUAAUGGCCCGCGCCGGGGCGGAGCGGCCUCCAGAAGCGCAGCGCGUCGAGGACCAACAGCCAGCACUGGCAUCGCGGCAGCAGCUUCCUCCCGCUUCUCCUUCGAAUACGGAGGAAACCGCGGGCGGGGCGCGAAGCGACAAUGCGCAAAGUAAGGAAGAAGGAACGCGGGCCAGGCGCGACCGCUGCGUGGGAUGCGAGAGUGCGCUAAUUCCCGCCACCCAGGCCCAGGAUGUGUAG